AUGGAAAACAUGCAGGUCGACAGCACGGCGUGCCUCUGCAAAGUGGACGCGGGGCUGAAGACGGUCUCCGGGGCGCGCAAGUUCGUCCCCGGCGCGAAGAACUGCCAGCAGCCGAGCAUCCGGCCAUCUGUGCGGCCGAGCAAGCGGCGGGCGGCGCGCGGCGAGCGGAGCCGGAGCCAGUCGCCGCUGCUGCCGGGGCUGCCCGACGACCUGGCAAUCGCGUGCCUGAUCCGCGUGCCGCGCGCGGAGCACAGGAAGCUGCGGCUGGUGUGCAAGCGCUGGUACCGCCUGCUGGCGGGGAACUACUUCUACUCUCUGCGGAAGAACCUGGAGAUCACGGAGGAGUGGAUCUACGUGAUCAAGAGGGACAGAGACGGGCGGAUAUCGUGGGAGGCCUUCGACCCGGUGUACCAGCUGUGGCAGCCGCUGCCCCCCGUUCCGCUGGAGUACUCGGAGGCGCUGGGGUUCGGGUGCGCCGUGCUCAGCGGCUGCCACCUCUACCUGUUCGGCGGCAAGGACCCGCUCAAGGGCUCGAUGCGGCGGGUGAUCUUCUACAGCGCGAGGACCAACAAGUGGCACCGGGCGCCAGACAUGCUGCGGCGGCGGCACUGCUUCGGGUACUGCGUGAUGAACAACUGUCUGUAUGUGGCCGGUGGGGAGAGUGAGGGCGUCCACCGCUCGCUGCGGUCGGCGGAGGUGUACGACCCAAACAAGAACCGGUGGUCGUUCAUCUCGGAGAUGAGCACGGCGAUGGUGCCCUUCAUCGGCGUUGUCUACAACGGGAAGUGGUUCCUCAAGGGCCUCGGCUCCCACCGGCAGGUGCUCAGCGAGGUCUACCUCCCGGAGACGGACAGCUGGUAUCCCGUCGUCGGAGGCAUGGUCAGCGGGUGGCGGAACCCCAGCGUCUGCCUCAACGGGCAGCUCUACGCCCUGGACUGCAAGGACGGCUGCAAGCUGCGGGUAUACGACGAGGAGUCGGACUCCUGGAGCGGGCACAUCGACAGCAGGAUGCACCUCGGGGGGUCUCGCGCGCUGGAGGCGGCGGCCCUCGUGCCGCUCAACGGGAAGCUCUGCAUCAUCCGCAACAACAUGAGUAUCUCCCUCGUCGACGUCGCCCGCCCCGAGGGCGAGCCCUGCUGGGAGACCAUCGCCGGGAAGGGCCAGCUCAAAACCUUCAUGACCAACCUUUGGUCGAACAUCGCCGGCCGCCGCCGCCUCAAGAGCCACAUCGUGCACUGCCAGGUCCUCCAGGCGUAG